AUGGAGAACGUUGACCCCACUAUUCACCCAUUCUCGCCGUCUCCUUCAGGACAUGAAGCCACAAUUUGGUCUAGAACGCCGUGUGGGUGCUCCCCUGGCUCGAGCCCAUCACGCUUGUUUUUGGGGACACCAAGACCUUUAAAUUCACUUGACCCAUCUCCGAACCCAAACCCGAGAAAGUGCCUGAUCAAUAAACCGAAUCGUGUCAGGAUCCCAAACGCUACUCAUCAUCCCUCUUCUUAUGUCGCGUCGUUUGCUGCAUUCGCGAUGCUUACACGAAGUGUUGCAAAUGAUGUUCUAACCGUCGGUAAAGAACUUCGUACCCUCGCCGACGAAUUUAUCCCACGAGAGUACCAAGAGUACUACAUCCACGAAAUGAAAAAACUUCUUGUUAACAAUGAUACUAAUUUUACUAUAGUCAUAGACGAAUACCAACCUCACUCAAACACCGUUGACCAAAUGUUUAAAGCCGUCGAGACCUAUUUAGGGACUAAAGUGAACGAGUCAUGUGUUCGGAAGGUUAAUGUGUGCAAAGAAAAAGAAACUUUAGCUAUUAAAAUGAACGGAAAUGAAGAAAUCGUCGAUGAAUUCGAUGGGGUUCAAGUUAAAUGGAGAUCAACGACCAAAAUCGACCCAUGGGAAGCACAUUCGGGGGGACUUAAGUGCUACGAGUUAACGUUUCACAAUAAACAUAGAUUUAAAAUUUUAGAUUCGUACUUACCAUACAUAUUGGAGAGAUCAGAUGCAUGUAAAGCAGAAGAAAAGGGGAUAAAGCUUCAUAUGAUUACUGAUUCUUAUCCCGUGCCAAAAUCUAUUGUUCUUGAUAACCCAAUGACGUUUAAAACCCUAGCAAUCGAACCCGAGCUAAAGAAAUCGAUUAUUGAGGAUUUAAACAACUUUAAAAAUGGGAAAGACUACUAUCGCCGAAUUGGCAAGGCGUGGAAACGUGGUUAUUUGAUCUAUGGGCCUUCAGGAACUGGCAAAUCGAGUUUGAUCGCAUCCAUGGCUAAUUAUUUAAACUACGAGUUAUAUGAUGUUUAUCUUAGCGACGUUAAAUCAGACUCGCAACUCAAAAAUAUAUUGCUAGAAAUGCCUAACAAAUCGAUACUCGUUUUUGAAGAUUUCGACCAACUUCAAAAUCCUAUGGGUGAGGAUACGACAAGAAAAGGGUCGAGAACAGGUAUUUUUUCGCGACUCUUGAACCUUAUGGACGGGAUUUGGUCAUGUUGUGGAGAAGAACGGAUUUUUGUGUUUACGACCAAACGUAUAGAUAGACUCGACCCAACGUUACUUAGACCGGGUCGAAUGGACAUGCAUAUUCAUAUGUCAUAUUGCACAUUUUCGGCAUUCGAACAACUAGCUUUCAAUUAUUUGGAACUCGAAGAUCAUAAACUUUUUGAGCGAGUCGAAGAGUUGUUGCAAAAUGUAAACGUCACGCCUGCUGAAGUGUCGGGAGAGCUUAUGAAGUGUACAAAAGACCCUACAAAGUCGCUCGAGAGACUUAUUGGCUACCUCGAAUCGAAAACAAGUUUGUGAACCGUGACUCGCGAAGGCACAUCAUUCUUGUUAAUAUUGAGUCCGUAAACGAACAUUUGUUUGUGUGCACUUUUAUGUGAAUAGUGUCGGCAAUUAGCUUUUGCAAGUAGCACUUUUCAUAGUUUAGUGCUGUAGUGGCUAGCUUGCAUUCAUUAAAUUUAUAAUGUUUGAAUACUA